GCCAAUGUCGCCAAUUCUCGGUAGAGUCAGACGGACCAUGGCUUCGAAUGUGUUCGUAUGUUCGUUUCUUCUUUAGGAAGUCAGUCCAUGGCUGUGAUUUGUUGCUCGUUUGUUUCGUGUUAGAAUAUUCGCUUCGAAUUAUUGUGUUGUUCGCCGCGCGUAUUCGACUCGUCGGUAGUUGAUUGUGCUAAUUCGUGUGCUACGUGAUCCAGGAUAAUUUGGAUUAUUUUCACAGAUUCGCACCGAAUCCUCCAAAUAAAAUUCAAGAUACAAGACACGUCAUUAGAGAACUUCACAGACUACCCAUCACUGAUUACACUUUUAUCACAGCACAGUUGUUGGACAGUGAUUAGACAGACAUCAUGUCCAAUAUACAGAACCAGCCCGAAGUGAGGGCUCAAAACGCGGACAAGUUCAAUACUGCAAUGAUCACGGUCACUCCUCGACAUAACACAGUGGCCACACCAAUCGUGGACACUGUGAUACGGAAAAUUCGAAUAUCCAACAACAACUGUGAUAUGCGCCCACCAAAGGUUAACGGGGAUACUGCCGGAAAACCCACCCAACAUGGGACUGUGAUAAAUGGGCCAAGCUGUGAUAAUGAGAAUAUGGAAAGUGCUCUGAUUGCUGACAAAUAUCAGUUAUUCGAACAGGUCAUCGGCAGUUCCUUGUAUCGGUGCGUUGAUGUCAACAGCAAGCAGGAGUUGGUUUGUAAGAUCGUGUCCAGAGACAAUCACUCGCUAAUAUCUGCUCAUUACCGAAUGGAUUCGCAACCACUGAUUCAAUCGCUACAUGAAGUGGUAGUUGGUCAGCGCUAUUUGUACCUGGUGUUUCCAAAAGCACAUGGCGAUUUGCAUUCGUAUGUACGGCAAAGAAAACGUCUUCGUGAAAGCGAAGCACGUAGACUAUUUCGACAAAUCGCGGAAACGGUACGGUUGUGUCAUGAGAAUGGAAUCGUACUCAGGGAUCUGAAGCUGAGGAAGUUCGUUUUUGCUAAUCCCGAAAAAACGCAGCUGAAACUGGAAUCGUUUGAAGAUGCGGUUGUAUUAGUUGAACCCGAAUUGGAUUGGCUACACGACAAAAGAGGCUGUCCGGCCUACGUUAGUCCGGAAAUAUUAGAAACGGGACAAUAUUCCGGUAAAGGAGCCGAUAUGUGGUCGAUUGGAGUGAUAUUAUAUACUAUGUUAGUUGGAAGGUACCCAUUCAAUGAUGCGGGCCAUGCCAAUUUAUUCGCAAAAAUCUCCAACUGUUCCUACGUAAUACCAGAAUGUGUAUCAGCAAGAGCACGAUGCCUAAUUCGAUCCCUACUCAGGAGAGAUCCAUCCGAACGAAUUACUUCUGAAGACAUUCUAUACCAUCCUUGGCUAGCUAAAGAAGACAGAGAUUGGAUUCCGAGAUCCUGCGAUCAGCAGGUUCCUCAAAGUAUAAUUUGCGACGACGAAACUUCUUUAUUUUAAAAAAGCACAUUUUCCAACUUAAAACUUGAUCUUUAACAGCAAAUUAGGUCAAGAUCUGUAUUUUAAUUAUGUUCAAAUGUUAAUCGGGAGAAUUUUGUUGAAAAAUUAAGAGUCCUUAAUUGUUCAAACCUCUAGUCUCCCAGCUCUGGGGUUUCUAAGCUAAUUUUGCUGAAAUGUAUUCUUUUAUAUGUAACACUUUAUAUAUGUUUCAGUUCUAGGCAAAACGCGUUUGUGGACAAACAAAGUUUGGUUCGUCUCGAUUUCUCUUUCGUUUUUAUAUUCCCAAAAACGUCGCAAUUUUUUAAAUUAAGGGUCGAUGCAAAAUCGCUUAGAAAUACAAUCUUUCCUAAAGGUUGUUUAACACUUUGUCAAAAAAAUGGGGUUGUGACUUUGGGAACCGAAAACCAGAAGUGAUUUUUUUUUACUUUUUGGCAGAGUUUUAGCGGCUCUGAUAGGAAUUACGUGCAAAGUUUGUGCUGUGUUGUAGAGUUUAAGGAUUUAAAACAAAUCUGUUAAAAGCCAUAUUAAGUUAUGUAAUGAAGUUGUAGUAUAUUCGUGUAAGUAUGAAGGGGUAUUUUGGUCAUCCUUUUAGUUUCUUAGUUGCUGCAGGCGAUCAGCCGUGAAUUUGAUAUCCUUUUUUUUAACAAAAUUCUGUAAAAAGGAAUAAAAAAUAUACUAUGCUAGUACCAAAAUUAUGUUGCUUUAUACAUAUAUCAUUUUUUUAAAUAAUUAAUUACGUUUUCAAUAAUGACAGAUUUAAUAUUGGGAAAUGCAUUCCGCAAGGCAUAUUAAGUAUGUUUGUUUCUCAUGUUGAUGACAUUUUCCGUUCUAUUUGGUUCAAUAAUUAUUUGAUCGUUGCAAAAACGUCUAUUCAAUGGCAAUCACCUAAAUGUGGGUUCAAAUAAGUUAAAUCACCAACUGAACUAGCUAGUUUCUUCGUUGUUUUCAUCUACAUAGAAAUGUUUCUGAAUAUUUGUAAAACACCAUGAUUGCUUCUUGUUAAUUAUUAGUUCUAGAAUGUUGAUUAAAAAAUGCAGCUAUUUGAUUAAGUCCAGUUAAUGUUAGAGAAGCAUCACAGUGUACAAGACUGAUGUAAAUUGUUCAUUAUUUAUUAUAACUUUCUUGUUAAGAUAUUACUUGAAAUGUUAUUAAGUAUCAGAAUUAAUAUUUAUGUCGAGUGUCGGUAAAAAUCGGUGGACGUUAAUUGCGGAUAAGUUUUGACCCAACAAUAAUUUACUUUUUGCUUUUUAUCAAGUAUUCGAUUAAUUCGUAAUUUGACUUGCUUCUUGUUUUUAUCAUUGCUGCCAGCCUUUAAAUGGUAAUUAGAUACCGUUGUUUUUUAUUGCAAUGUUUCGUUCUCUGUUAAUUGUGAGAUAAAACAAGUUUCAUAUUGAUUUUUAAUACUUACUAGUUUUACUGUAUUUAUUACUUUCGUGUUGUUUCAUAAUUCCUUUUAUUUCCCAGUGAUUCCAAUUUUUAUUAAUCGAUAUGGAAAUUUUGCUUUGUCUUGCAAUAAGUUUCUGUUAGUUUAACAAUUACUUCCAUUAAUGAAAUCGUGCCAAACAUGUGGUAUUAAUAACUUAUCAAUUCACAAGUAGAGGAUUUAACGAGAUCUCAAUUCUAAUUUUGUAUUAUGUGACAUUUUAUUCACAGCGACACUUUAAAUUAAAUAUUUAAUAUAUUGAUUUCUUUGAACUGAUGUAUAGAAUGUAUAGCAUAGGAAAGGAGAUAAUGUUUAGUAACUAUGAUGUCAUAUUGUAAAUAGAGCUUAAUGGUAUUGAUUGUUAGAACUUAUUGGUAUAUUGCCUAAAAUGUUGUUUUGCAAUAAACCGUAUUUAUAUA